AUGGACCUCCAAAAAUGGAUUCACGAACAACUUGAGAUUCAAAGGAAGUUGCAGAUUCAAAUUGGAAACCAAGGGAAACAUCUUCAGAUGAUGUUUGAGAAACAUAAACAUAUAGGUGGCAUCAAGGGCUCGCCCCCUUCUAACGCGCCUUCUACUGCACUCUUGGACACAACGAUACCCUCUCAUGUAGACAAGUUACAAACGCCAAGUGAUGAAUGUGGCGAAUUUAAAUGCAACACCAAAGAAAGUUUCCAGAAUGCAAGCAGAAAAGAAAUGGUACAUGAAAUUGAUGUUAUUGAUGAACAUGAGAGUGUAGAUGAUCAGUUUUCUGCAGUACUUCCGAUAAAACGGGCGAAGAUUCAAUGA